CGCAUACCCCCCGACGCGAAGCGCGAUCGCGCGCGCUUCUCAGCCCGUGCCGCCCCUUUGCAGGGGCUCCCCCGUUCCCCGUCAAGUGGUCGCCUGAUGGGGAAGCUUCGUGCUGCCCUCGCAGCAACCCCCGCUCCCCCUCCAAUUGUGUACCACCCCCUCCCGCACCCCCUCAUCCCCCAUCAUACGUUGCGUACGUGCUCAGCGCUUGCGCUGAGCGCCUCGCGAUGUGUAGUACCAUACAAUGUAUAUAUACAUAUAUUAUGAACUAUUUUCCCCCC